CUCUGAUUCAAACAUUACCUUCUAUUUUUUUUUUCAUUCAAAACAUUGCCUUCUAUUUUUUUUUCAUUCAAAAAUGUCAUCUUCUUCACAUUAUCAUUACCACAAAAAUGAUAAUAAUGAUGAAUUUGAAUCUAAUUUUGAUGAUUUUAUAGAAACCUCUGAUAUUAUUCCUGAACCGAAAGAGCGAAAAAAACGUAUAUUUAUUGAGAGAAACCGAGAAGAAGGUCACAAUAAUCUUUGGAAUGAUUAUUUUAGCGAGACUCCCACUUACCCGCACAACAUAUUCCGGAGGCGGUUUCGAAUGAACCAGAGAUUGUUCUUGCGAAUAGUUCAUAGUCUCUCCCAAGAAUUUGAGUUCUUUCAACAAACACAAGAUGCUGCCGGACGGUCUAGCCUAUCUCCCCUUCAAAAAUGUACCGCAGCUAUUCGUCAAAUGGUGUAUGGUGUUGGGGCUGACAUCGUUGACGAAUAUGUCCGACUAGCUGAAACAACUGCAAGAAAUUGGUUGUUCCAAUUUACCGCCGGAAUUAUCCACUUGUUUGGCAAUCAAUACCUAAGACAUCCAACGCCCGAGGAUCUGGAAAAAUUACUAUAUGUUGGAGAACAACGUGAUUUUCCAGGUAUGAUUGGAAGCAUCGACUGUAUGCAUUGGGAGUGGAAGAAUUGUCCGACCGCUUGGAAAGGAAUGUAUUCACGAGGACACGAUAAACCAACAAUUGUGUUGGAGGCGGUAGCUUCUCAAGACCUCUGGAUAUGGCACGCGUUUUUUGGAGCUCCAGAGACGCUCCCGAAGUCAAUUUCCAUGUCAACGGAAGGGAAUACGGUUUGGCUUACUUUCUUGCCGAUGAUAUUUAUCCGAAAUGGGCUUCUUUUAUUAAAUCUAUCCGAUUCCCACAAGGUCAAAAACAAUCUUUAUUUGCUACCAAGCAAGAAUCCGUGCGAAAGGAUGUUGAGCGUGCCUUCGUAGUCCUCCAAUCUAGAUUUGCGAUUGUUAGAAAUCCAUCUAAAUUAUGGGAUAAACACAAAAUAGGAAAUAUUAUCAAAGCAUGUAUCAUACUUCAUAAUAUGAUUGUCGAAGAUGAACGAGGUUCCUACCUUCACACUUCAGAAUUUCAACAACCAGAAGAUGUGGAUCCCACUUUUGUAGUCAAACGGACUACAAACUUCUGUACUACACUGGGUCGUCGAGCAGAAGUUCGAGAUACUCAAGGCCAUCAUCAAUUAAAAGAAGAUUUGGUUGAACAUAUAUGAGUUAAGUUUGGACAUCUACCGAGUCACAACAAUGUUUAAGUUUAUUUGAAUUCAAUAUAAUGUUUCUUUGCUUUUUUUAUCUUGUUUGUAAUUUUUUUUUCUUAAUUUUCAACUUUGUAUUCUUUCAUGCUUUUCUCUAUAUUAUUUAUUUCUUUUUUAAUUAAAAUAAUUAAUUAAUUUCCU